GAACCUUCGGAGGCAUGGAUGUGUCCAGGUGCAUCCCCUUUUACAGCUUCAUUAAACGAACACGUCUUCGUUCUCUUCUCCCUCAUCCCUCUUCUCCAUCUUCUGCGGCCAUUGUCCCCUCUCUUUCUGUUUAUACUCCUCAUUUACUGCUCCAAAUUCAUCCAUACUCCUUCCUUAAUUCAUCUUGGAAAAAGUACACGAUCAUUUGCUUUAUGGAAUCUCAAAUCACAUGUACCUUCCUCUUUGCUUCUCGCCAUUGUUGCUGUUGUCGUCAUCGUCUUUGUUAGGGGUUUUCGAUUUUUUCUCUUUAAAUACUUUUUCUUCUAUUAAGAAUUCUGAAAUCCAAGGAUAUGCCUCGUGCUUCUCGAUCCAACGUCUCGUUAGGGUUUUUGCCUCAUUCUUCCCACCAUAGCCAGCUUUCCGACGGCUCUAUAUCGUUUCAGAUAGAUUCGAGUUUCAAUAGCUCUUCGCGCCAUCUCGUUUCAUCUAUCCCGCUUCAGUUGAUGGAGGAACAGACCACGACAGAAAGCAACAGCGUCGAAUUGAACAAUCAACAACAGCAGAGAAACGUCGGGAGCGUUGAUUUAAACGGGGAGAGCAAAAUUGGGGGCGAAGAAGAAGAAGAAAAAGAUGUUGACAACUUUCAAAUUUUGGGGCAUCCCAUGUGUUUGAAAAGGCGAAGGGAUGAUAAUAGCAGCGGAGCUACCCCAGAGUCGUCUUCUUCAUCUACAUCAUCGAAACGUUGUCAAACCGACCAAAACGGGCAAGAGAGAAGUCUGGAAUCACGUCGACAAGCUGUUCGAGCUUGGGGGAACCAGUCCCUUCAGGCUGCUGAUCCUGAUAUCUUUGAUAUAUUGGAGAAAGAGAAGCAAAGACAGUAUAAGGGUAUCGAAUUGAUAGCCUCAGAGAACUUCGUUUGUAAAGCAGUUUUGGAAGCCUUAGGGAGUCACCUGACAAAUAAGUAUUCUGAAGGAAUGCCAGGCGCUAGAUACUAUAGUGGCAACCAAUACAUUGACGAGAUCGAAAUUCUUUGUUGCCAACGUGCCUUGACAGCAUUCGGGCUUGAAAGUGAGAAUUGGGGUGUAAAUGUUCAACCAUACUCUUGUACAUCUGCAAAUUUUGCAGUAUAUACUGGUUUGCUAUCCCCUGGUGAUCGGAUCAUGGGGUUAGAUACCCCUUCAGGAGGGCACACUAGUCAUGGCUACUAUACACCAAAUGGAAAGAAAGUAUCAGGGGCUUCAAUCUUCUUUGAAAGCCUUUCAUACAAAGUUAACCCACAAACAGGUAUUAUAGAUUUUGAAAAGCUUGAAGAAAGGGCACUUGAUUUUCGCCCAAAGAUACUUAUUUGUGGUGGGAGCUCAUAUCCUAGGGAUUGGGAGUAUGCCAAAUUUAGACAGAUUGCUGACAAAUCUGGAGCAGUCUUGAUGUGCGACAUGGCUCAAAUCAGUGGUCUCAUUGCUGCCAAGGAAUGUGCAAGCCCAUUUGAUUUCUGUGACAUUGUAACCUCGACUACUCAUAAAAGUCUUCGUGGGCCUAGGGGAGGGAUUAUUUUCUACAGGAAGGGUCUUAAGCCAGGGGUAAGAGGGAAGCUUUUGAAUCAAGGUGAUGGAAGCUACAAGUAUGACUUUGAAGAGAAGAUAAAUUUUGCUGUAUGUCCUGCUCUUCAAGGUGGGCCACAUAAUAAUCAUAUUGCUGCCCUUGCAAUUGCACUCAAACAAUUGGCUACUCCUGAUUACAAGGCAUAUAUGCAACAAGUGAAGAAAAAUGCUCAGGCUUUGGCAUCUGCUUUACUAAAAAGAAACUGUAAACUGGUUACAGGAGGAACUGAUAAUCAUUUGGUACUUUGGGAUCUUAGAAAUCUUGGAUUGACUGGUAAAAACUUUGAGAAAGUAUGUGAAAUGUGUCACAUUACUGUCAACAAAAUUGCCAUAUUUGAUGAUAAUGGGAGUCUGACCCCAGGAGGUGUGAGGAUUGGUACACCUGCUAUGACAACACGAGGUUGCUUGGAGUCUGAUUUUGAAACAAUGGCAGAGUUUUUGUAUAGAGCUGCUCAAAUCACAAGUGUUAUGCAGCAGAGGGAACAUGGAAAAAUGGGGAAGGCAUUCGUGAAUAAAGACAUAGUUGAGUUAAGGUCCCAAGUUGAAAACUUUGCAACUCAAUUUGCAAUGCCAGGGCAAGACAUGUAAAUAUACAUAUAUAAAUGCUGAUUAGGGUUGAGUUUGAAUUGUUUUAGAGACCAUAUGAUAUGGAUAAUGGGUAUGUGAGUGUAUUUUCACGAAAAAAAAAAAGAAUAGCGUUUUGAGGUU